AAGGAUGGUAGAAGAUGCCCAGGCAAUGCUUCCUGCAGAGCAGCCCCAGGGAAGGCUGGUCGAGAGGCCAUAGGUGCCUCUGGGUUCACCUGAAUGUGUUUAACUGAUGAGUUUAUUUUUUUCUUCCUAGGUGUGCCUGAAGCUGAAGUCACUUGGUUCAGGAAUAAAAGCAAACUGGGCUCCCCUCACCACCUGCACGAGGGCUCCUUGCUGCUCACAAACGUGUCGUCCUCAGAUCAGGGCCUGUACUCCUGCAGGGCGGCCAACCUUCACGGGGAGCUGACAGAGAGCACCCGGCUGCUGAUCCUUGAUCCCCCCCACGUCCCCAUGCAGUUGGAAGACAUCAGGGCCUUGCUCUCAGCCACUGGACCGAACCUUCCUUCAGUGCUGACGUCUCCUCUGGGAACACAGCUGGUCCUGGAUCCUGGGAAUUCCGCUCUCCUUGGCUGCCCCAUCAAAGGUCACCCUACCCCCAACAUCACCUGGUUUCAUGGUGGUCAGCCAAUUGCCACUGCCACAGCCACAGGACUGACACAUCACAUCUUGGCAGCUGGACAGAUUCUUCAAGUUGCGAACCUUAGUGGUGGGUCUCAAGGAGACUUCAGCUGCCUUGCACAGAAUGAGGCAGGGAUGCUCGUGCAAAAGGCUUCUUUAGUGAUCCAAGAUUACUGGUGGUCUGUGGACAGACUGGCGACCUGCUCAGCCUCCUGUGGCAACAGGGGUGUCCAGCAGCCCCGCCUGAGGUGUCUGCUGAACAGCACAGAGGUCAACCCAGCUCACUGCGCCGGGAAGGUUCGCCCUGCUGUGCUGCCUAUCGCCUGCAACCGGAGAGACUGCCCUGCCCGGUGGAUGGUGACCUCCUGGUCUGCCUGUACCCGUAGCUGUGGAGGAGGUGUCCAGACCCGCCGGGUGACCUGUCAGAAGCUGAAAGCCUCUGGGAUCUCCACCCCUGUGUCCAAUGACAUGUGCACCCAGCUUGCCAAACGACCCGUGGACACCCAGGCCUGUAACCAACAGCUCUGUGUGGAGUGGGCCUUCUCCAGCUGGGGCCAGUGUAACGGGCCCUGCAUUGGGCCUCGCCUAGCUGUGCAACACAGACAAGUCUUCUGCCAGACCCGGGAUGGCAUCACCUUACCGUCAGAGCAGUGCAGUGCCCUUCCGAGGCCCGUGAGCACCCAGAACUGCUGGUCAGAGGCCUGCAGCGUACAUUGGAGGGUCAGCCUGUGGACCCUGUGCACAGCGACCUGCGGCAACUAUGGCUUCCAGUCCCGGCGUGUGGAGUGUGUGCAUGCCCGCACCAACAAGGCAGUCCCUGAGCACCUGUGCUCCUGGGGGCCCCGGCCCGCCAACUGGCAGCGCUGCAACAUCACCCCAUGUGAAAACAUGGAGUGCAGAGACACCACCAGGUACUGCGAGAAGGUUAAACAGCUGAAACUCUGCCAACUCAGCCAGUUCAAAUCUCGUUGCUGUGGAACGUGCGGCAAAGCGUGAAGAUGGCAUGGGGGAGAAUUCUACCCUGGCCAUGCAAAGGACUCACACGCCCACC